GAGGAAGAUUUACUUAAAGAAUUAGAUGACUGGAACCCAAUGGCGGAUGCUUAUAACUCAGAAUCUUUUAAUUCGUAUGAUGAUAGUUACAGUUUACCUCCCGAGUAUGAUGCACGUUGCUUACAUGUGCAUAAUAUUCCAGCUGAGUUCACCAGAGAAGAUUUUGCGAAAAUUAUGAUGCAGGGUGGAAUAAAGAUCGAAAAAGUGUACUUACAUGCUCCAAAAGAAGGUCAGCAAUUUGUGUACGGGUUUGUGGUAUAUGCAACGCAUAUGGAUGCCCAAAGGAUUAAGAAUAGUUUGAAUGGAAAAGCUCCAUUUAACUUCAAAAUUAAGUAUGCAAGAAAGAAGAAAAAUACACGGGAUGAUAAGGAAGCAAAAAUGAAGUCUAAAGUAGAGAAACUGCGUAGUAUUUUAACUACAUGUAAGAAAAGUACAGACUUUGUUCCAAAAAAAAAGACAUAUAAUACUUUCCCUUCGCAUCCCUCAGCGAAAUCAGGAGAGCACAAAGAUGAUUCCAACAAAGAUGCAAACAGUAAUACUUUGCCAAAGUUUAAGAAAGAUUUGGAUUUCAGAACAAAGAAAGUGCAUAACAGUGUAUCUGUGGAAUGUGACCAAAACGGCAGAAAAGCGGUUCAAGACAGAAUACAGCGAAAUAAAUUUAAUUCAAGUAAAGUUGCUGGUUACCUUUCCCGACCACCAGGUUUGAUAGACAAUCCGUUUUUUUGGUGUCUCUUCUGUAAUACGGCAAUUGGUAAACUUUCUUGUGCAGUAUGCAAAAAGCCUUAUUGUUCUCAAAUUUGCCAACAGAAGGACUGGAAGAAACAUAAAUCAACAUGCCAGCCUUUGUAAAUAAUUAAUAAUUUGUAAACUUUUCUUGUUCAGUAUGUAAAAAACUUUAUUAUUCAGCAGUUUGCUAACAAAAAGAUUGUGAUUGAC